GUGUUAAAUCCAGUUUUGUUUAUUUAUAAAUGUAUUUGUGAACCAUGUUUUUUGAUCGUUUGGAUUUAAAUGUGAUUAGAGUCUAUUGUCAUGUUCGAGAUUUUUUUCCUCAAAUCACAAGACUGUGAUGGACUACGAUCAGCCUACAGCUCGCUUUUACGCGAGGUGUUUAAUCCUCGCUGGAUUGAUUUCUCAGAAAUCGAUGAAAUGAUCUCGCUUCAAGAAAAUCCUGUUUUAGUUUUGGAUUCAUUCGAAUCUAGCGAGUUUUCACUUCUCAAAUCCAAAAAGAGUCUAAAAAUUUUUUCAGCUUUUGCCUUGCUCUCAAUAAAUCCAAGAAAGCCUAAAGACUUGCUUUCAUUCAAGCAUCCUCACAUCGCCAGUACUUGUAUGAAAAAAGUAUCUUUAACAUUCUCUGGUAUUUCAGAUAAUUCUGUUGUUUCUGAAAUUAGGAGUAAAACUCGUGCCAUGGGUGGUAUUUUUAAACCAGCACUAUAUGCAAAGACAACUCACAUUGUCGCUACAAACUGGAAUACCGAAAAAGUGAAACAUUUUAGGAAAGCAAACAAGCCUGUGAUGCGUCCUGGAUGGGUAUUUAGAUGCUGGGAAAAGAGAGAAGAUAUUCUUGAUAUAAAAGAGUUAGACCCUCAAGAGUUCACUCUACCUGUAUUUGCAGGGAUGAAUAUUUGUGUGUCAGGGUUUGAACAACGUGAAAGAAUAAAAAUUAAACAAAUGGUUGUUACAAACGGAGGUAACUGGCAUUCCGGGUUACUUUUGAACCAAUACGAUGCUGAUACUGAGUAUACACAAUCAACUCAAAUUGAUCCUAAUAACAAAACUACUCAUUUGGUUGUAGCUAGUAAAGCUGGUGACAAAUAUAAAGCUGCAAUGAGUGACCCAGACGUAAAAAUUGUUAAUAUUGACUGGAUCAAUAAAUCACAACUUCAAGGGAUUCCUCAGAUGGAAGAUGAUCCAAAAUAUUGUUUAAGGGACGACAAUGCUAUGAAUGAGUUGAAACGAGCAGAAAGAGAAAGAAAACGUAAACAAUUACAAAGUUGUAGUCAAAACAGUACUACUUCAACUCAAGACAAUUCUUUGCCAGUUCUACCUGUCAAAAAGGAUAUUUUCACCAUAAUUGAAAAACUGGUCUUCACCAAUAAGAUUCCUUCUACUGUUGUUUUUGAUGGACUCAGUUUUUGUUUUUGUGGCUUAGGCACUAAUUAUCAUCAAAAUGUAAAGAAACUCAUCUCUCGUUUUGGAGGCAUUGUUUAUAACGAACUUGUAUCUGCAGUUACGCAUGUUAUUAUUGGACCUCAUAUGACUUCUCGUGAUGCAUAUAAUCUCAAUCGACACGAAGAAAAAUAUCGAAGUAUAUCUAAAGUGUCUUUAGAGUGGGUUGUUGAAUGCGCAGAAAAUGGAAAAUUGUGUCCUCCAUACUUUGACGAUAAAUUAGAAAAAUUCUUAGAGCAAAUUAGUUCAACGCAAGAUUUACCAGCCAAUGACGCUAAGGAUGUUGCUUAUGCAAGAGCUUUGAAACGAGCAGAUGAAUUCACUAAAGAAAUUGAUUUGGUUGAAAAAUUGAACCAAAAUAACAACAAAAUGAAUCCCAAGAGCAGUAACAGUAAUGUUAAAAGCGGUUUCCGAAUGGGUUCCUUUUCAGCUGCGGCCAAAUUAAAGAUUAAAAGUAUUCCAAAAAGACGGGAGAGCAAUAAUCUUAGCAUCCCUGUUGAAUGGGCAAAUUCAUCUAACGAAUGAGUCUUUUCUAAUUAGUACUUGAAUUUGUAUAUUUUUAAACUUUAUACUCAUCAAUGCUGUAAUGUCUGUGUACAAAAAUAUGUAUCUUUUUGUUUCUUUUGAUUUAAGAUCGUCGCAAAGAUCUAAUCAAGUUAAUUUAUAAAUAAAUAGCUAUUGCAAAUGCAA